AUGAGUACCAUCAUUUGGAAUGUGAGAGGUGUAGCUAGUGUAGCUACUCGUCGGCGCCUGAAGAAACUUAUAGAGCUUCAUCAGUUGGGGGGAGACUUUUACGUUAUUACUCAUGAUGGAGAGCGCACAGGUUAUAAUACCCGUGAUCGAGGCACUACAGCUUUUUCUGAUAUGAUGUUGGACAGUGGUUUAGAGAAUGCAGGUUUCCUUGGGAAUCUAUACACUUGGACCAAUGGUCGGGUCAGGAAGAGAUUGGAUAGAGUACUCAUUAAUUCUUCAGCUCCAGCACUUUGUCGACAGUUUACAGUGAAGCACUUGAACAAGACUUCAUCUGAUCACUCACCUUUAUUACUUCAGUGGACUUCUGAUGAUGACUUGGGGCCUAGGCCUUUCAGAUUCCUCAACGUUUGGACUAAGCAUCAUGACUUUUUAGCAUUUGUCUCUCAGAAGUGGUCACUCCCUACUCAUCUUACGGAGAUGGCUGCUCUUUGGGAGAAAUUCUUCAGGAUGAAACAGGGACUGAACUGGUGGAAUCGACAUGUGUUUGAAGACAUUUUCCUACGAGUGAGGGAUGCUGAGGAUAGGGUUGAUGAGUCAGAGAUUGUAUUUGACAGUGACCCUACACCGGAACAUCGUGACAUACUAGAUCAGGUUCAGGCAGCUUUGAAGCAGACUUUAUCUAUUGAGGAGGGCUUUUGGAAGUAA